AGGAUCAGCAUAGCUGUUCAGCAGUGGUUGGGCUCGACCUGCCAUGGGCGUCUAGACCGUGAACCCACAUCGAUCUGGAGUGGUGACCCGCCUUGAGAGUGAAACUAACACUUGGGCGAGUCGAAAGCACCAAGUCUAUCAAGUUGAUCAGCAGGAUUGCUCAGACCAACGAAGUCUGGAUCCCAAGUUGCUGCAUUGUACAUUAGUUUUGUUUGCUGAAACUGCGAGCUGGCGACCACCACUUCUAGCUGUGUCGAACGCAUGCUUUUUCUGGCCAAGAGGCGUCACGGCAGUGCCUGGGAGGAUCCAGCCCCGCUACCGAAACGUCGUGCGCCAGUUCGGGACGCGGCACCCUGGAGCCUGUGGAACUAUGGCUGGGGCUGGCCAGGGGCCUGGGACUGGCCAGGCUGGGAAGCUGCAGAAGCUGCGGAAAAGCCAAAGAAAAUUCGAAAAAACACGGUGAAAGACAAUGAGAGCACUGAGACUGGCAAGACAUCAAGGAACUCCAGCCAACCAGUUGCGCAAUCAGCUUUGCCCACGCCUGCCAUACCUGCCGGGACCACCCUGCCUCCGACCCAGAGAUUCUCUGGCGUAGUCAACGCCGUUGAGCCCAAGAGUGGGAAUUUGUUAAUUGACUGCGCAGCGAUUACCCAAGUCUUCGGGCGCCCACCCCUAAUUCGACCAAGCGAAAAUCGUAUGAAUGCCAGAGUGGGCUCAAUGGUGGUGUUUGGGCUGCAGCCAGGUGAUAUACCUGUGGCCACUGACAUUGUCAUCAAUGGCUUUGAUUCAGACAUUGGCUUGCGUGAUGAUCCCGUACGGGAUGACAAUUGUGGUGAGGUGGCUGGCCUUCUGCCCGGCCAAAGACCAGUGUACGGCACGUGGAAAGGGAAAAAAGGCGGUGAGAAAAGUUUCGGAAAAGACAAGGGCAAAGAAUGCAAAGGCAAGGAUGGCAAGGGCAAGAAUGAUAUGCCGAGUCUGACUGGUAAGGCCUAUGCAAAAGGAUCCUUCAACGACUCCCUUUGGGGACCCAAAGGCAGAGGAAAAGCCUCAGCUCGCGGCUCCAACGAUUCCAUUGUCCAUCCGUGGUCGACCUGAGUGCAGCUCUUUUGGGGCAAAA